UUUUUUUUUUUUUUGGUAAAUUUAAAACUGUCAAUUAUCGCUUAACUUUCAGUAGCACAUUAUUUUGGCUGUUCGUAUUAAUACUUUUUAUGAGUGCAUAUCUAACGUCGCGCAUUUGGGGCGAUUUAUUCUGUCUGCCUAAUGGGCACAGAAUACAGUUGUAAUGCUUCACUUUUGGCUAGUUCGUUUUAUUUUUCUUUUUAGCAGCUUUUCAUUUAAACAUUUUAUUUAUAAAAUAUUCGAUUUUUUUUUUAUUUUAUUUUGUUUUAUUUAUUUAAUUAUUAAUUUUAUAACCGUUUUACUUUAUUUUAUUUUCUCUAUUUUAUAAAACGAGCAACUCCUUUGUGCGCAGCAAAAAAACAGAUUGCUUUUUUUAAACAUACUCCUAAAUUAAACACCCUUUUAAAUUAAAAAACAAUGAUUCGAAUUUAUUAUUCCCACUUGAUAUCUCUUCAAUAUUAAAAAUAAAAAAUAUGAAAAUGUUUAGCACCCCAAAAGCUCUAUUUUGUUUAUAUACCCUCUUGAAUGUUGUGUUGUUGAAUAAUGUCCCCCUUUCGAAUGACCUUACCCUUUCUUCACCCGCUGUAAGCGCCUUCCCAAGACAUCUGUCCGAAGUGAAAAAGAAUUCCAGUAGCAGUGAUUCCUCGGAUAAUAAACUAACCCGUAAACUUUAUGAUGGGACUUUGGCAAAUUCUCUUUUCACAGAACAUUCAGAUAAUGCCGCCUUACUAUCGGAAUUAAGUAAGAAAGAGUAUUUAGUUCAUAAAAAUCAAACCCUGCGUGAAAAUGUGAGCAAUAAAGACAUGGUUUCCCUUCUUGAUGGAUUUAACAAACUAUAUGCCAUAGAACAUGAAAGAAUGAUGAAUAGAUUAUCAGAGAAACUUAGCGAGUUACAAACAAAAUGUAAAAUACCGGCCUAUGUGGCAGGAGAGUUGUUGAAAGAAUGUAAGAGAAGCAUCGAAUCUGAACAUAAUACAAUAAUGAAUUCUUAUAAAAAUAGUUAUAAUUCAUAUGUAAUGUCCUAUACAUCAAGUGCUUCUUCUUUCGCAAGCUUCUAUAUGAGAUACGUUAGGGCAUGGAAUAAAGGCUUGAAAAAGAGUGAAGAAAAAUGGAAUAAAAUUUUUGAGGAGAAAGCCAAUAUAUAUAAAGCGGCCACCCCAAAACAGUAG